AUGUCUGAGCCUGGUUCUUCACUUCCUCCUCGACCUCCGAGCCCUGUGCGGCCCUCGUCCUACCUCCGCCCCCAGAAGCCACGGCCCCCACCAGAGCCUGUGGAUAUCGUUGAUAGGGAACAAGCCGAGGGACUGGUCCGUAUCGCUUUCUAUUUGGACUUUGUGAAUCAUUGGACACUGACUGAGGUGGGUCGUCGCAGCGCGCUAUUCGAGAGUUCUUGAAGGUCCGGACUACCUAUGACGUAUUGCCCGUUAGUUUCCGUCUCGUGAUACUGGAUACAAGCCUUCUGGUACAGAAGAGUCUCAAUAUCCUCAUCCAUAACGGUAGGAACGAAUGAAUCUUUAUCACGCUUCCUGGGAUUCGUGGGAUGCUGGUGUAUCAGGCUAAAUUUGGUAUUCCGUAGGAAUUGUCUCCGCCCCGCUGUGGAACUCUCAGACGUCGACUUUCGCUGGGUUGCUCACAUCCUCUGACUAUAUCAAUGUGAUCCAGUACUACUGGCAGUAUCCCGAGAAGUUUGAGGAAAUUGAGGGAUUUCGUCUGGAUAGUUUGCGAGGUUUGUCCUUAUCAUGUGGUCCCACCGGGAUAACCAGUGUUGACGUGGCGAACCAUUUGGACAGAGGUUGAAAGGGCUAUCGGCGUCACACCUAUAGAAACCGUUUCCGUGCAUCCCAUGAUACGGUUGUAUGAUGCUUGCCGUCAAAUGCUUAGGAGCCGCGCUCGUCGCAUCCCUCUUAUUGAUGUGGAUGAGGAGACUCAACAGGAGAUGGUAGUUAGUGUUUUGACCCAGUUUCGAAUUCUGAAAUUUGUUGCCGUCAAUGUACGCGAAACACAGAUGCUGCGGAAGCCGCUAUCCGAUCUGAGCAUGGGAACAUACGAGGAUAUUUCUACCGCAACCAUGCAAACACCGGUCAUCAGUGUCAUUCAUCAGUUGGUAGGGAAAGACAUCUCUAGUGUGCCUAUUGUUGACUCAAACGGUACGUUCAUCUUGCCUUGUUACUCGGUCGCUGAUGGUUCGCUGAUUUGCUCAUAUUGGUAAAUAUUUGCAGGGGUUUUGCUUAACAUUUACGAGUCUGUCGAUGUCCUAACCCUUAUCAAGGGGGGGAGCUACGAUGACCUCAAUCUUAGUGUGGGGGAGGCGCUUCUGAAGAGACCUGAUGUAAGCGGGGUCCCACAUUUUUUUAGCAUUUCGAUAAUUACUGAUCCUCAUUAUUUUAUUGGGUCCCGUAGGAUUUCUCUGGAAUUCAUACAUGCUCCCCUCAGGAUCGCUUGGACACAAUAUUCGAUACUAUCAGAAGGUCAAGGGUCCAUCGAUUCAUGAUUGUUGAUUCGAGCGGCCGUCUCAAGGGCGUGCUCACAUUAAGUGAUAUCUUACAGUACUUCCUGCUUGACGGGGAGGAGGAGUAGCGCGAUGGGGUAUCGGAUAUUUUCUUGGCCGCGUGGCCAAAUUCAUAGAUGUUUUCCUAGACCGGGAAUUGCGCCCACAGUCCCCGCCCAUACCUACACUAUCUCUACCAACCGCUGGAAAGCGAGCCUAUCCUUUUGAUUCUUCGCUGGUCCUCCCCCGGUUCCUGCAUGGAUUUCUUUACUUUUCUUUCCUCUCUAGGCGGAGGCGUUCAGGAUAUCGAGGAUAAGCAUGGAUUUCCUUUCCCCUAGUUACUAUCUCCAUCUACUUUACCCAUCUGCUGUUAAAUAUUACCUACUAUUUCGGUUCAUGAUGUUCCAUCUAUGAGCCACAUCAGCCACCCAACGCGCCUAAGGAGCACUUGUAUCUGGGCGUGGUGAACUAGGUUGGCGAAUGGGAGAUGGGGAUGUUGAGCAGGCACUUGAUGUUAAAGUAUCGUCCGGUGUGUCAGGCUCUGGAUUGUGGAUGUUUGUAGGAUCUUUCUGUUGUAGUUGAGUUGAAUUGGAUCCUAAUGCUUUGAUUUG